AUGCAAGCUGCCGUUGCCACUGCCAGGUCCUCGCUGACGCUGCAUAGGACUGUCGCCUCUAUUCGGUCCAUGCGCCAUGCCCUAGAUCCUGCCGUCAAGAUUGGUUUUGUGCCCACCAUGGGAGCUCUGCACGAGGGACAUUUAUCUCUUGUCAAGGAGGCGCGAGCAAGGAAUGAUAUUGUGGUGGCGUCCAUUUUUGUGAAUCCUACUCAAUUUGGGGAGGGGGAAGACUUUGAGCAGUAUCCAAGACAACUGGAACAGGACCAGGAUUUGCUGGCUGACCUAGGUGUGGAUCAUUUGUUUGCCCCUGAUGCAAACAGCAUGUACGGCAAGAAUCAUGAUUCCUUUGUUUCCGUGGAGGGUUUUGAAGACAUUGCUGAAGGCAAGGCCCGUCCCGGCCACUUUCGUGGUGUUGCUACUAUUGUCACCAAACUGUUCAAUAUUGUCCAACCGUCCAAUGCUUAUUUUGGUCAAAAAGAUGCGGCGCAAUGCUGUCUGAUUCAACGAAUUGUGGACGACCUGGAUAUGCCGCUCCAUGUCAAUGUAAUACCCACGGUCCGAGAACCCGAUGGUUUGGCCAUGUCCAGUCGCAACGCUUACUUGACAACCACCGAACGACAAGCGGCUCCCGUGGUCUAUCGGUCCCUGUGUGCCGCCCGAGAUUUGUUUUUGGGCUUGCCGGCAGAAUCUUCCAUCCCCGCGGCACACAUCCAACAGGUGGUCGAGUCGAUUUUGGCCAGUGAACCGUUGGUAUCGGAAGUCCAAUACGUGGCAAUAGACAACAAAGCCAACAUGAGACCUAUAGAUGAUGACGUCCAUCGAUCCGAGGGAGCCAUCAUUUCGUUGGCAGUCAAAGUAGGCUCGGUACGGUUGAUUGAUAACAUUGUUUUGUAA